AUGGCAAACAAGCUCAUAUCAAUCCUCGUCAGCGAGGUCAAUUACCUGAUAGCAUUUCUAGCGGAAUUGGCCAGGUCGGGCACAUACAUAUAUCCCUUCCAGGGAAUCCUCUACCUAGUCUCCCAUCGCUCCCUCCGGCAGCCCCUAGUAUCUAAACUCUCCAAAAUAGUCUCCAUCGGUAUCCCCGUGACCACAAUGAUGUUCUUCUUUACCUACAUCCCCCAGAUGGCCGUCCUAGCUUUCACUAACGGGCCCCUGGCCCCAAUCUCUGCGAUCCUUCUCGUCCUCAGCGAAAGCUCCACAAUUACAAACUUCCUCUCGCGUAGUUUCAUUCUGCGAGAUUCCCUCGUUGACACGUUCGAUGGCACGCUGAUUGCUCGUGGCGACACGGAGUUAGUCUGUCAGGGCCGCAAGGUCAAGGACCCCGCAUCAUCACUGGAUCCAAUAUCGCGGUUGGGAGAUAUGAUUCGCAAACCGUUGGCGACGUUCUCGUUGUCAUCGCUGGUGAGGUCGCUUGUAUAUUUGCCGUUGAACAUGAUUCCAGUUGUGGGAACAAUGAUGUACAUCCUUUCUCAAGGGAAAAGAUUCGGGCCGAUCUCGCAUGAAAGGUAUUUUCAGUUGAAGGGUUGGGAUUCGAGGAAGAAGCAAGCGUGGGUGGCAGCGCACAGUGCUGCGUAUACAAGUUUCGGGGCGGCGGCAUUUGCUCUGGAAAUGGUCCCUUUUGCGUCUUUGGCAUUUGCAUAUACAAACACAGUUGGUGCAGCAUUAUGGGCCUCUAAUAUGGAGAAAUCGGUAUAUAAGCCUCCCACUCUGGAACAGCUGAAGAAAUCAGAAUAA